AUGGUGUUAAAUGAAAGGUUGGUGACAGAGAUGAACGAAAAGUGUAUAUUACCGGAAAGUCAAGCGGGAUUUAGAAGAAUUAGAUGGGCUAUGGACAAUGAAUAUAUCCUGCAUCAUCUAAUAGAAAAAGAGUUGCUAAAGGAAGGAGGUCGGAUAUAUGCACUGUUUGUAGACCUAAAAGCCGUGUUUGAUACGGUGGACAGAGAGUGUUUGUGCGAAUGCAUGGAGAGAAGAGGACUGAGUGAAAAGUUAAUUGCAGCAGCAAGAGAGAUCUAUAGAGAGACAGUGACUAGUGUGAGAGUAGGAGUAGAAGGUGAAAUGUUUUGGACGACGAAAGGAUUGAGACAGGGAUGCUCAUUAAAUCCCAGUCUGUUUGCUUGUUACAUAAGCGAUAUCGAGGAAAUGUUAGAGGAGUACAAGCGGGAGGAAUUGUGGUGGGGAGAGAAAACGUAUGGUGUUUGA